UAGACGACACUCGUAGGAUGGAAGCCAAACAGCAGCAAGCGGCGUUGAGCCUGGGAGCCGAACAGCAGCAACAACCGACGUCGAGCUUGGAAGCCGAACAGCGUCAGCGCAUCGAAUUGCGCAGCGCAAUUGACCGAUUCAUGCGGCGGGCGGAGAAACACGAUUCAGUCGAACCGAAGGAAGCCGGCAAAUACGUGAGGCCGUUACCGACCUCGGUUUACGACAAUGGCGCAGCUGGUAGCGGCUCUGACAAGCAUUUAAGAGUAACCGAACGAAAAUCUACUGAAAAGUUGAUAGACGAGCUGUCAGAAGUGAAAGCCGAGUUAGAGAGAACUCGUUUCGAAAACGAAGAACUAAGUCGCAUUGUGGCUGAAAUAAGACAGAAUGGAAACGAAUUCUAUGACGCUAGAUCCAGCACCAUGUGUAAUGAACACAGUACCGCGAAUGAGACUUUACUCGCUACAAUGAGUAAUAUGUCGCUGAGCAGUCUCAAUAUUCCUGAAUGUGUUCCAGUUACUUCCAGGUGA